GAGAGCAGAAUAGGAGGCCGGGAAAGUGUCUCAAAAGGAAAAUGCAGGGUUUGUCCUUAAACCUGACGUCAGAUCUGUCUAAAAAAAAAAAAGAAAAAACAGCAAAAGAAAGAGACAAAAGGAAUUAUCUGCCUUUAUGUAUGUGUCAGUGACGGGAAACUUCAUGACUCUGCCCCAGAGGGAUCUGCACCCGAGGGGACCCAGUCUGGCUUCAAUCAAUGUAUCUAAGUCUGCCUGCCAGUGAUGAGGUGGCUCCCAAUUUGGAUUUUAGCAGCAAGCAGCAUUUGCCAGGUAUUUUGUCAGAACGCCACUACAAUGUCACCUGUGACUUCCGUAACCGAAACCUACACCCGGAGGCAGUUCUGUAAGUGGCCGUGCGAUUGCCCACAGGUUUCUCCGGUAUGUCCGGCGGGGGUCAGUCUACUCACAGACGGCUGCGAUUGCUGUAAAACCUGCGCCAAGCAGCGAGGCGACAACUGCACGGAGGCCGACACGUGUGAUAUUCACAAAGGACUGUACUGUGACUACAGCAGGGACAGUCCUAGGUACGAAGUGGGUGUUUGUGGACAAAUGACUGGAGUGGGCUGCGUGCUCAAUGGCAUUAGAUAUGUGAAUGGCCAGAGCUUCCAGCCCAACUGCAAGUAUAACUGCACUUGUAUCAAUGGGGAUGUAGGAUGUGUCCCACUCUGUACAAACUCCCGACCACCACUGGUCUGGUGUCAAAACCCCAAACGCAUCAAAAUGGCAGGCAAAUGCUGUGAACAGUGGAUAUGUGAUGAUUUCAAGAGGGUCCGAAAAAAUUCUCCUCGUCAUAUCGCUUCUCCAGCAUAUGGAGGUGAAAGUGAGUCCUGGCACAACAACUGUGUCAUACAGAUGACUUUGUGGAGUCCUUGCAGCAAAACAUGUGGACUAGGAAUUUCCACCCGGAUAGCCAAUGAUAAUGACAAGUGCCUGCUCCACAAAGAGAGACGUUUGUGCAACAUGAGGCCAUGUGAGGUUGACAUAACCAAACACAUAAGGCCAGGGAAAAAAUGCCUGUCCGUGUACAGAGAAAUGGAACCAAAGAACUUCACCAUAUCUGGCUGUUUGAGCAAAAGAACGUACAGGCCCAAGUACUGUGGCGUUUGCACAGAUGACAGGUGCUGUAUACCCUAUAAAUCGAAGACCAUCCAAGUGGAGUUUGAAUGUCCAGAUGGAAGUGGCUUCGUGUGGAAUGUCAUGUGGAUCAACGCUUGCUUCUGCAAUCUCAGCUGCCGGAAACCAAAUGACAUUUUUGCAGAUCUGCAGAGUUAUCACGAUUAUGCGGAGAUUGUGAACUGAUGUGAAUCCCUGUGAUGGAGAUAACCGUCCAAGACCACUUGUUGCAGCCAUAUCCUCAGUGCUAUGUUUUACAGUUCCAUGUAGAUGCUCAGAGGUUGGAUUGGCACAUUCCAUGAAGAAAAAUGUCUCCAGUAUUUGAAUGGGUUGGAAACCUUGGGCACAGAGCUCACCAACCACAUCUUUUCAUUAGUUACAUUCAAUCUUCUGCUAUAUCUAGUAGUAAUUCUAAAACAACUGGACUUGCUGAGUA